GCGGAGAGGGGGCAAGCAGAAAUUUACUUCUAUCUAAGAGUGGCAGGGAACUUCAUCUUAAUCUUGAGAUCUUGUUUACAGUAUGUGUUUUGGUUUAUGUUGAAGGCUUUAGCAAGAAUGAGAGGUUUUGGACGAAAAAACACGAAAACCAGUUGCUGCAUCGAUGACUAUAAUCUCAACGUACCAAAACUGAAACUGGAGCAGGUGCUGAAAAAUGGCCAUCCAACCGGACCGCUCGUACAAUACCGACUGAAACCAGCCGAGCAAUGUUAUCCACAGGUGUGUCAUACAAGUAAUUAAUUUCCUCUGUUCUCCAUUCCUUGGUUGCCUCUCCCAAUUCUUUCUUUGGAGUGAAAGUUUUGUUUAUGCUGAAAGUCUCAGCAUGCACUUUUGAAAUUUUUACCAGUUUUUAGUAAAUUCGAAGGUGAUGUCAUCUUGGAUGCUGUUUGGUUGACGUCAUGUUUUUGAAGCUUUCCACCCAGCGUUUGCGUAGUGAAGCUAAAAAAUAAGCAAGGCAAAACCUUACUUCCUUCCUCUCGCUUAGGAACCAUGCACUUCUGACGCUAGCCAUCCAAGCUAUAAAGAACAACUAAUGAAGGACGUCUUGGUAUCGUUACGUAAGGUCAAACAGGAAAUGGCUGACGAGAUGAUGCCAAAGGCCGACAUGUGGUGUCACUUUGGAAAGGUUACAAUCCAAGUUCCAGAUCGAGGUAGUAUUUCUUUCAGUUUUACUAUAAAUUAUCAGCUAAAUUCGCCCUCAUUACUUUAUGCAGUGCUAUGUAGAGGCUUGUGAAAGUUGGUUGUUAACAUCAAUCCCCAGACCGCUUUUUAUCAUUUUUCCUUCAGAGGAUGUUCGGGAUGGACUGUGGAGCAUCAGAGAGGCCACAGAAAAGAUAAAAUACCCUAACAAUAAACAUUGGAAGCUAGCUUUUAAUUUGGAAGGGGUUACGCCAAAUGAAAGAGCAUUAAGAACACAGUACAAGGAAACCUGUCCUGAGGAGAUAGGUUAUGUAUCAAGAUAUGAUUUAACAUUUCUAACACCAUGUUGGUAUCAAUUGAGAUGCAAGGUAAGUACGCGUGCUCACAAUCCUGAGGUCUGUGUCUAAUAACUGGUAAUAUAAUUUUUUUUUAUGAAUAGAUACACAAACCUCCACGUGUAUUUUAAGAAACAAAUAUCUCACAAAAUUGAUGCUAAGAACCUGCCCACCCACAAAAGUCAUGACUGCACUUGUCCGAGGUAAUAUUACUAUGAGGUAUAUCCAGAGAUACGGAGAAAAGAUCUGAGACAGCGCCCAUGACACUUAAUGUGGUAAAUAGUUAAAACUUUACGCCACCCGAGGCAAAAAAUUAUAAUCGGCCAGACGCUUCAUUUGACUUAAACACUUAAAAGAGUGUUUAUUUGAAGCAGGUUAUGUACUAGGCACUAUUUCGGGAAUGAUCAAUGUCCAUACAUCAGAUUUCACAACAUAAUUCAUUCUUUUUAACGUAGGUAUGGGUUGCAAACGAGAACUCCAAGCAAAGGCUGGAAGACAUACCAAUUCCUUUUGAUGUGAAGAACAUUUUGGGAGAGAUACACUUCAAAGAUGAAGAUACACGGUCAAAAUGUCGGGGAUGGCUAGUGCUCAAGUCUCCGAAGUACUUAAGGGCAGACAUCUUGUUUCCAGGUUGUGAAUUUGAUUGCAGGUUCCACAUUCGGGGACGAAGAGGUAGGAUAAGUAACUGGUGUAAAGGUUUUAGACUAAACUCGUAGUAAAAAUCAUGCGACUAUAUCCAACUCUUGAAAAUGAGACUGUAAGCAUUAAAAAGUGGGUUUGUUUUAGAACUUUGGUGACACUUGCAGCAACAACUGAAUUGUUGGGGAAGGUUAUUGUCACAUACAAUUAACCAUUUACAUACACUCACUGAAAUUUAUAAGUUAAAAAGUCAUUAACUCUUCUGGUAUGACCAUGUUGACGUCUUGGAAGUUGGACCCUUAUACUAUAAUAAGACUCAAUAGCGGCAGGAGGAGGGAUGAUGUUCUUAUGGGGGAACAUUUGGCGUGCGUAGCCAUAAACCGCUUAAAGCUCCUACUCUCCUGUCACUAAGAGACUCCAGGCCGGCCAAGACCAAGGCUUCCGUAUAGUUUACUCGACCAAAUAUUAUUUUGAGAGCUUUCCGCUGUACAGACUCAAUUAACUCGUCCAGAUAUAAGGGAUCGCGGCCGAAACUGGCGAGGCGUACUUAUAAAUGGAUCUAACAAUACUACAGUAGACUAACACAAACGCAGCACAAACAAUCGCUUUGCCUGACUGACUGUUUUAUGAACAUACUUAAAGAAGAUGGUGAUGUAAUUGAAAUGACAAUUUGCAAACAAAAGCAGAGUGAGACGUUAUGUCAAGGUAUGAUGUCGAUACAAAAUACUUGUCAUCCGGCUCGUGACAACUUUAAAACGGCUCUUUCACGAGCCAAUCAGCAGUGUCCGUAUGCAUUUCCGCUUUCAAUUCUCUUUUUCAUCUCUUAGUAGUUGUAACCUUUCGCUUUUUAAAACAGUACCUAACAUUUCUUUUAGCUAAGUUAAAUGGCAGAGCCCCGUGUGUUAAUUCUCUCCAACUCUUUCAUUUGUCGUAGAAAUAACUUUAUUGCUAGAGUCCUCACCUUGAACAUUGUCUUCUUCUCAACGAGGCACCCUCGAUUAAAUGGCAUGGUGUGUGGCUAGAACAGUUGCUAAAACUGUGCGAGGUGACCUCCUCGGAUUGCACGGUUGGGAACUAGUAUAAGGAUCUUUCCAAGCUAUAUUCCUUGAACUUAACUUAAGCAACUGAGGACCUAUAUAAGUUUUUUUUGUCAACAACUACAAUCUGCUACAGAUUUGUUUACGUGUAUGCCAGACACCAUCGACACAAUUAAAUGCGUGUUUGCACUCUUACGAAAUACCUUAAGAUGUUCAGGAGCAACUAAACUUUAUCAUCUUUUGGGGUCACAGACCCCUUUAAGAUGACAAGCAGAGCUUUUUCGUCCGUAAUGGUGUUCACCUUUAUAAGCUGAAGCUGAUUAUAAGUUUUACUGAAGUCUACAAGGGGCCGUUGUAAAGUUUUUCAAUCUUGGCCGAGCGCUCCGCAUAAGUUUCUUACCGAUAAUAAUUUUCCAUUAACCCAUUUCCUAUUUACCUAUCGUUUUUAUAUUUCACAACAGGCCACGUUUUUUUAUCGAGGUUUGUUAUCUAUAGGAAUAGCUAUGAAGAGGGUAAUCAAUUCAUCCUUUCAAGACCCUUAAUGUAGUAUUUUCUAUUCACAGAUAGCACUCAGGACAUGGACUAUGCACCAGACGAAAACAUCCAAGAUGCUCUGUUGACCUACCUGUCUGAGUUGACAUUGACGGAUGAAGAGCCGAUGGGACUGCAUCUUCCGAAGGGGGGCGAAUUUCAUGUUAUAUAUUGGCGUCGUUCUAAACGAACAGAGUACACUGCUAGUACAGGCCUUAGCAUCAUCCUUUCUAAAGAACACACAUGGAGCAUAGGAAAUAAAGUCAUCAGAGAAACGGUCAGUAUGCUAGACCUGUUUUAAAGUCACUUUUUAAUAGAAUACAAAUUACAAAACUCAAAGCAACACUUUGAAGCAAAAUUAUAAUUUCCCUGAAUUCGCUCGAACUUCAUCAGCGAUGUAAAUGUCAGGUUACGUAACGGAUAGGUUGUUACGUAUUCCUAGGAUACUAAAUGUCUUCGGCCGGAGCAGAUAAAAAACCUUUUUGGUAACUGUAAAGUCACCUUUUUAAGGUUUCAGAACCAUCAAGAUAUCGCCACUUUCGCUUUACUAAAGGCUUUAUGCUGUCGAAAAGUGUCGUUCCUCGAGAGCAUAUAUCCGUCCGUGUCGAUAACUGAGCAUUUGUCGGCCCAGUACAAAAACCUUACCUUGGUUAAUAUCAAGCGAUUGGGUCAUUGUGGACAGAAAUAGGUAGACAAUCUUGAACAAAAUGCAUUUGUGCAUUGACCAUUUGAUAUUAUCUACACUCACCCCAUGGUUAGAUUUAGAUGUGAAGCUUUUACGUGAACUACUCUUUUCUAUUUUGCCGUUUAAUAGACUGACGUCCAUGUGCGCUACAAAGAGUGGGACACUUUACUUAGCAGCGGAUUAUGGGAACCAGAGGCCAUAACUGAGAAGCUGCCUGAAUUUCUAGAAUUUGUUAAGGAAGCGCAAGCCUUCUUGUUUCAUGACAAGGGUAAGUAAAGUCUUACUACGUUGAUUAUUCUUUCUUUUCUUUAGAAUUGUUUGCUGAGUCUACAGACGGAACUUUGCUCUUGUUUUAAGUGGUUAGCCUCACCCAGUUUUUGUUUUGUUUUGUUGUUUUUGGCGUUGUCAUUUAACUUUUAUUUUCAUCAUAUCACUUUAAAUGCUCGUUGAAUGUGCAAAGACAUGUUGGGGGGGGGCGUAUUAAUUUGAAAUAUAGGUGUGAGUUAGUUAUCAUGACCGACAGUUUAUGACACUAGGGGAUGGUCAGGUUAAGUUAAAAAUCUUAUUAGUGAGUUGAGAAAUACAACGUUGUUUUCCCCUCCGCUUUAACUUUUUAUCUUCUCAAAUCUUCGGAAGCAAAACCCAUGGACUAGAAAACUGAGGUUGUGAAACAUUUGUUCUUACAUUAUAGUUCCUCCAGAGAUUCUUGCGCGGGGUUCGUCCGCCGUGGAAGCUUAUAGAAAGGCUCUUGCUCAUGGAAAAGCGUCUGACAGAAGGUUUCCGUUGAUGCUCAUUGGACAACACCGAGCAGGAAAGACCAGUUUAAUGAAGUCGCUGACAGGGAUAUGCGAUAACCCACAAGAAGAUAGCACCGUUGGUAUAGAAGUGGAUCCUUCCUAUUUUAAACUGACCACAGAGCCUUGGGUAACAGGAAAGAGCAGAGAGGACCAAACGUCUGAAACUACAGCCAAUUUCUAUGGUCUGCUCGCAGCCAGAUACAUCGUGGAUAGCGUAAAGCCGACCGAAAUGGUAACUAAAAGUGCAGAGGAAUUCCAUAUGGCAGAAGAAAGUUUUGAACCCGGCGGCAAUGAAAUCUCAUAUGAAUCAACACCAAAUGAUCCUGCGAAAAAUGCGGACAUCAUUCAGGCCCCUAAUCCCACUCUUACAAGUCACGAAUUCGGCGUAUUACCGUCUUCAACAAACUUAAAUCCAGAACCAGUUACUCACGAAUCUAUUAAAAUCACGCUCGAGUUCGAAGAAGUGGCAGCUGUGACUGAAUCAUUGCUCCGUGGCGAUUUGGAAGACAACAGAGACGACGUGUGUUGUAAUUUUUGGGAUUUUGCAGGACAGUCAGUUUAUUAUGACACACACCCACUGUUUCUGACAUCACGAGCAAUUUACUGCUUGGUGUAUGACCUAAGCUUAGAUCCACAUGGCAAAGCUGAGCCUUUGGAGAAACAAGGUGUAUACAAAGCAAUACCAAAGAGCGCCAAUCUGAAAAGUAAUAUAGAUUAUCUCAACUUCUGGAUGACGUCUGUGGCUUCGUUAACUUGUAGCGAAGAAGAAUGUUGCUCGUCAGAUGUGUUGCCAAAGAAACUUCCUGCCGUUUUCCUGGUAUGCACGCAUGCUGAUAAACCAUUCGGCGGUCGAGACCCUAGAGAAUUAUCUGUUGAAAUUUUUGGUUGUCUAAAGGACAAACCUUAUGGUGACCAUUUGUGUGAUGUAUUCUUUGUAGAUAACACAAGUCUGAGGGUCAAAUCCUCUGACUGCCCAGAAGUCGCACGCCUGCGACAGAAAGUACUUGAAAAGGCUAAAGAACUUCCGCAUAUCAAGGCGACCAUUCCGUUGAAGUGGUUGAGAUUUGAGAAGGCGCUUCAAGCUGUGAAGAAAAAGGGAUAUAAAUGCAUUUCCCUGGAAGCGGCAAAAGAUAUCGCCUCGGAGGUCGGCAAAGUCAACGAAGAGAACGAGUUCACGACCUUGAUGAACUACCUGCAUGACCUAAGGUGCUUAAUCCAUUUUGAUCACACUGCCGAGCUGAAAAAAAUCAUAAUAUUAAAUCCCCAGUGGCUAAUUGACGUUUUUAAACAGGUGAUCACUGUCAAGCCAUAUGAUGCUGAUGAAGAGAAAUUCUUGAAUUCAUGGCUUAAGCUUGAGAGGGAAGGAAUUCUGGAUGAAGAUCUCCUAGCACAUGUUUGGGGUCCUUUGUUUAACGAGAAAGAAACAUGUGCCACUCUCAUUGAAAUAAUGGAGAAAUUUUGCCUGUUGUGCUCCUGGCCAUCUGAUACAACAAGCAACAAGAGCUACCUAGUCCCUUCAAUGUUAAAGUCGCCCCCACCGAAGCAGAUCACUGAGUUGGCUGCCUCUGCAAAGUUUCCUUCUUUGUUUAUCAAAUUCGAGAGUGGUCUAGUCCCUGCAGGGCUUUUCCCGCGGCUAGUACUGCAGUUAUUUCAGUGGGGCAAAGACAAAUUGUGGAGAGAUGAUAACCCUCAUUUGUUCAAUGGCUUUGCCAGGUUUUUCACCACUGAAGAUGACUACUCCGUUAUUUUGAUUUGCAACUCGUCAACAGUCGAGAUUGUAAUGCACAGAGGAAGUCACGACCUAGAAUUGGCUGAGGAUGCGUCAUCAAAGAUGUCAUCAUCUCUACAUUGUCACCAAGACACCGCUGGGAUUAACUGUUGCGCUGUUGUGAGAAAGCAAUUGGGUUUGACGCUUGAGUGCAUGCGUAACGAGUUUUGUUGGUUAAAGAAUAUGAAAUAUGAAAUGAGUGUUUUAUGUCCAGUUUGCUGCAAGCGAGGAUCGGUUGUCUACUGUCGAACACAUCAGAAAGAAGGUUGCGAAGAAGAGCAAUGCCUUCACUUCCUGUCCCUUACCGAGUUGUACCGUUCCAAGCAAGACGACUAUUGUACCAGAUCUACGUUAACUAAGAAUCCCAGAGUUCCGGUCAUGCAGUUUGCACCUUGGCUUUCCUUUAAAGAACAACUGGUAAGAUGUAAGAUAUUAUUACGGUGA